AUGCCGCCGCAGAGCAAGAAGGAUGCAGGGCAGAAAGGCCAGCCAAAAGGUGCUGGGAAGAACAAAGCAACGGCUCCUGUGCUUUCGAUGGUUCGAUUUGCACCACCGGCCAGUGUGCUCUCUGCUCUUCAAGCACGCGCCGGACGAGCGCAGAAUGCCGUCUUGGUUGCCGAAGAGCAGCCUGCUGGCAGCCGAACUUUGGCACAAGAAGCCAAUUGGCUAGCGACCCAGGUCGCAAAAACCACCAAGCGCCUGGAGGCAGAUCUUCGUGCAAAGCAGGACUUGGGCGAGGCAGCACUCCAAUGGCAUUCCCAGCUGGCAGAACACUUGCCUGUCAACUAUGCAGAAGUGGAGCGCAUGGCAGGGCAAUUGGACGCGGAUGUCAAGGAAGCCCUGGAGAUUUUGACGCCCCUGGUCUCCACUUCGACCUCAGCUGCGACACAGGCCUUGUUACACAAAGGUGCACAGAAUGUGGGGCCCAUCUGGCCACCACAGGUGACCGGUCUGCUCGAAAUGGCAGCCAAUGCCCUUCGGAAUAUUGCCGCACUGGAACCACUAGGUCACGGCCGCAGCACAACGAGUGGUUGUGGGGGCCAUAUUCCUUCAGCUCCGUCACAUACAGUUGCUGGCGGCCCGAAUGCCAGGAGAUCACCACCGGGCUUCGAAGGGGGCAUCUUCCCUGGAGCCAUGAUGACAUCUGGCCUCCCCUCAAUGCUUGCAGAGAGCCGCAGAUCCCCGCAUCUACCCCCCUCCGGCAAUCGAUGGACCAAGCGUGCGCAGCCAUCCCCCGAGGAAGACAGGCGUCCAGUGAAGAGCCCAAGGCUGACACCUGUAGGGACGAACGCAGCAGGACAGCCCGAUGCGGUUAGGACAAGCACACAGGACCAUGGGAUGCUGAGCGGUGCGCCAGAGGCUGUGCCGUGGCCACAAGACAGCACUGGCCGCACGCCCACACGUCCCGCACGGACGACCUCUUCCUGGAUGGCGUCGGAUCAUUCUGUUCCUGUGGAAUUGGACGGUUCCGAGGGUCCCAGCGAGCCAGUCUCCUUCUUAGGGGGAGAGGAGCUGGAAGCCCCACUCUCGGCCGUCGAGGAGGACUGGCAGCAGUGGCAACUAAGCUGGAUCACGGCUUGGAACACAUCAGUGGGGCAGCUCAUGGACAUGUGCGGCACCACAGCCACAGCUACACAGAGCAACCCGGCUUUGCGGGAGGUGUUACCGGAGCCGCCACACAUGGAUGCCUUGGAGGUUCGCAGCCAAUGCCAAAGCACACUGAGGACCCUGCAGCAGGCUCCCUGGACUCGUGGCCCAGAGAUCGCGACUGUCGUGGAGGACCUCACACGACGUGAUGUCAUACGCGCCACAAUGCACCGAGGAAUGGCUGUUUCCACAGCUGGUUCUUGGGAACCAUCCCGACUUGGCAGUGCGACUUGGAGCCAGCACACCGGCCCUCCCACACCAUGCUCUGCUGCAAACCUGCGCCUGUCCAUUCUUGCCGGCCUAAUAUGCAUCCUAGCUGGCACUGUGUCCAUCACUAAGGGCUUAGGCCCCCCUUCCGGACGGGGCACCUUCAUUAGUGUUCGGCUCCUCUGGUCGGUGGGACAUUGCACUAUCUGUGGCGGCUGCAUUGCCAUCCAAGGCGCGGAAUUCCUUCUGGCAGUCUUGUCCACCGGACUCCUCCUAGGCUGCGCAUGGAUCGCUCUUGCUGAGCCACCCCCUCUCAAGCCCCGUAGUCACAGGAACUACGGCCUGCCCAUGGAGCAUCAGGUCCUCUGCUUGCUCCUGGCUGCUAUGGGAUGUGGGCUGUGCCUGGCACCGACCGACACCCUUGAGGAGGAUGCUACCUCCAUGAUGCAGAUAGCUGGCCAGGCACACCUCAACCGAGUUCCAGCCUGGUCCCUCAGCCGAGUUCCGCGCAUCCGUAUUAGGCGCGAGCUUCACCCGUUGGAAGAGGUCGGUGCCCGGCCUCUAGCUAUGCAAGAAUUGCGCACGGCUACUUAUACACGGAAGCUGGCCGUGUUCCACGGUGGAGUUGUUGAAGGCCCGGAGCCCAUUCUCUUCAGGGUUGAUAGCCGCCUCUUUAGACCUGCACUUGAUGAGGCCGUUGUGCAUGCCCUCGGCAUCCCUACUGAUGCUGUUGAUGUGCUUGCGCUUGCUUCACCAUUUGACUUUGUCACCCGAGAGCAAUAUGUUCUCCGGCCUCGCUCCUUCCCAUGGUAUGCGCAAGCAGUGCCUGUCUGGAUACGUGGCGAGCUCGAUAGCUUCCAUGUACUGCAAGCAGCAAGAGACGAACAGUGCCAUGAUCUUAUCGCGGCGGCAGCACUAAUUACCCAGACUCCAUCCAUCCCGGAAGCUGAGCAAUGUCAGUGUGUAGAGGGUACUUUUGUGGCCGACUCCCAACCUCUUUUGCAGCCACGUUGUGAUGCGAUUGCUUGGGUGCCAAUCUCACUUCGAGGGCGCCCUACCGGAGUCACUGCCCAACCUCCUUCUGCGGCUGUGUACCGCAGCUCGGGUCCCCUCAGUCAUACACUUUUGUCUUGUGCUGUAAUCACUGCCAAUGGCAUCAUCCAAGCACUCACACCAGCCUUUGCUCCCGACAGCGAGACCUUUCGCACCCUUCGAGCCGAAUUUCCAGAGCUUGCGCCCCUAAUCAUGCGCCGACUGCGAUAUGCUCUGUCAGACCUACCACCGACGCAGUUCCUGGCCUUUCAUCGCGAGGAACUCGGACGGCAUUCUCUGGUUGUCGAUCUGCGUGCUUUGGACCUUGGGCUGAUAACCCUCACUGUACCCAGAUUCAUAUCGUGCAGUCAAAUCCUUGAUGUUACUGCGCGAGAACAUGUGCGCAUCUUAGACACAGCAGCCAUGCAUGAACAGGUGAUGUCGGGGGAGUAUAUCUGUCUGCUCCAUGACCAGCCCGUUGAACCAGAUGUCAUGAUCGAUGUGGCUGGAUUCGAUCUACUUCGGGCAUACCGACCCACUCUUGUUGAAGAACCUAUGGGACGCGACACCGGUAGUGCUGCCUCCUGGGGAACCCCUCUGGCAAAAACCCUGGUUCUGGCUGCUGCACAUUUCAAGGGGUCUGUCGGCAAGUUGUGCCUGCUCCUCAUGGCGGCUGCCAACCAAGCAUACGCCGGUCGUGCUGCCAGUGCUCCACCACACCGUAGCGGUAGAUUGCAGCGUGUCCCAGCCCCCCCAUGUACCCUGCCCAACAAGGCUUCCCAGGCAACUCACGCGGCUAUUCAGCGCGAGCUGCUGGCCUCCGGCAGGCUGCUCACGCCGGUCAUUAGCCCCAGCCCCCUGGGCAUUGAUGACCCGCGUGAAGUCACCUUCAAGGUGUGGCAUCCAGGGAGGGUUCUCACUCGGUGCUACCCGGCGCAGUGGUCAUGGCACGAUGUGCACGCUGAUCUCCUUGAACUCAUAUCCCCCCUAGGGCGGUAUGUCAUCCUACCUGCUGCAGCAGCUCCAAACCAUAGAGCUGUACACGUGGUCGCCAUCUCUAAUGCAGACACGCAUAGCACUAUCCUGGUGGCCCGGGCAGGUGCAUGGAAGUGCCUGGAUGUUGAUUGGCGCAAUCCUGCACCCGACAUUCACGCGUGGGUUGAAGGCAUGGACGGCACUCACUCAUACCGCAUUGAUUGUGCUCACCGGGGGCGUGUUCGACAUGGCGAUGUGUGUGUGGUUGUAGACACCGCUCAAUCGGCUUCCCCCACGCUCUGGGAUAUCAGUACCCUCUCCUUGACAAUGCCAGCUGGGUGCUCUUGGACCCGCACUUUAGGAAGGCAUGUUUUUCCGCUAGUGCAAGCUGGUCAACCACAUCUCUGGCUGCCGCGUGUGCAGGGCGUGACCGCACGCGAAACUGCCAUGGAUAUGCUGAACACAAUCCGCUCGCCGAAUCCCGAAACCACGCAUUUGCUGGAUGUGCCACCAUAUCUCUUAGUCCUUCUAGCGGCUCCUCGAGGAGGGAUGUGCACCCUGGUUUGGUUGCACGACUGCCAUGAAUGCGUCCCACACGGAGUGGCCUUUGCCGUUGACGGGGUGUUUCCAAGCCGUGCAGAUCUUCUCUAUGCGUUGCGUGACCUGCCAGGUGCUGCUUCGGAAAUUUGGCUCCGGGCCACGGAAAUGUUCCUCUUGUGGGGGCCCUCUGAAUCCUUGCACUCUGCCGACAAUGAGGCGGUCGUUGCCGAGAUUGUGACAGCCAGUGUUGACAUGCGACUUCUGCUGUCGCAUAGCCGCACAGACUCUCUCUCCUCUGCACCACGCCAAGGGGCUUAUGGGACAUCCUUCAUGCCGGGUCCUCGAGAGGCCAGGAGUAGUCAGAUUUCCUCCCUUGACUCCUCGCUGACUGAUCCAUGCAUCCCGACCCUAGGUAUUCCUGCGGAAGGCACACUGCAUGUUGUGUACUGCGGCUCUAUUCAGACCAGCUGCGUGGUUCCGUGUCCUAGUCGGCGGCUGCCCUGGGCACUAAUCAUUGGCGAUGAAGUCAGGACGGCGUGUACUGACCGAAUCUCCUGGGCUGAAGUAGCUACUGUAGCGACCAUUUCAGUCUUGGACUUGCACGGGGCAGCGGUUGUCCUCGAGGGGUUCCGCUGGAUGUGGCCGGAACCCAUUACUCAUCUCGGACAUGCCUGUGGCACUUUCCUCCGGCGCGCACCGAAUCAUGACUCUCACUGCUAUGAGGAGCGUGAACACACGCUUCCGCCCCCACCACUGCAUGCCAGGAAUUCUUGUGGUGGCAUUACGCUUACGGGGUGGGCCCAACUAGUUGUUCUGGUUGCUGGAAUGCCACAUGUCGGCCGCUGGCCAAUUAUUGCAUUUCUUGUCAAAGCGGCUACGGCCAUGGUUGUGACAGUGGACCCUGCCACUACACACCCACCUCUUAUGUGUGUCCCUUCACCUGGGUUCCUCAACUUUGCAGAUGUGCUCAACUGCUUUCUUCAACACCCUCCGUUGGAGGGUACACUCUUGAGGGUAUGGCGCCCCUGUUGCGGUCCGGCUGUCUAUCAGUUCCGACCACAGGCUGACCUUGACGGUAUAAGCACUUGGUUGCGUGAACAGGGCUGCAGACCCACUCGUGAUGUGUUCCACCUUGCACAUGACUCUGGCCCGGAUGCCAUCGAUCUGCUGUGCACCCCGCCGGCCUCCGGAGCUUGGUGGAUCUUGCGAGAAGGAGGACACCGGGAACUGCUCAGACCUGUAUGCCAGUUGCCAGAUGUCUCGGAGCAACUGGUCACGAUCGAUGAAGGAGGACAGGCAUGCAGCUUAUUGUGCGGUGGACAACUCGGCUCCCGCCUGAGCUUUUCCCUGGCAAGCGGGCAGUGA